AUGAUCAUCAGACUGGGCAGACUGACUCCUGGAUACUUUCGCCUCCUGCAGGUAUGUGCAGCUUCGAUUGACUUAAAAAUACAACUUCUAGACAAGAACUACAGAUACAUAAAUCAAUUUAAUUUGUCCAAAAUUGACAAUGAAUAACAAGGAUAAGAUCUUGAGUCUCCACAGAACCAUCUGUUGGAGUUGUACAGUGAUUAAAAAGUUACUGCCAGGCCUUUGUACUUUACAUGUUAGUGUCCAUAUACAUUAAAACUGACACUAAUCUGAGCCACUUCAAAACAAAGGCCUUGGUGCUGUUUGGUGGUACACAAUCCACUUUCAUCACCUUCAUAAUUAGGGGGGACACUAAUCGCUUUAGAAUAACUUCCUCCUCAGUUCCCCCCCUGCUGUCAUCAUAAUCCAGUCAUGAGCGGUGGCCCUCCAUACGUCCAGACUGCUGCAUUGUACACAGUCUUUGUGUCCAAAUUAGUGUAAAUAUGUGAACAAAGACUGUCCCCUCAUAUGGCUGUCCACUGACUCAAAAGCUCAGCAGACCGGGGAAAAAAGGCAGCCUGUUAUGUAAGAUUCAACAAUCAGGAGCAGGAGUGAAAAAACGUCUUUGGUAAUUAGUGGUUAUGGACGCAUUUCAAGACCAAAACGGGCUAAAAGUGAUUUAAAGUUUUUGCUUUUUUAAAACCUCAGGGUAAAACUUAAGGUCCUUAUAUGACGCGAAAUUACGAACUAUUCGGAGGCGAAUUUUGACGCGCCUGACUAUACAAAUCGACUUUCUGGGGGGGAAAAAAGACGCGAGAAGACUGACACAACAGCAGACUGACUGUUUUUUAGUUCCGAUUUGACACUAGUGUUGAGAUGUCUGUCUGUCAUGAUAGCAUGUACUGAGUCGGGGCCAGUACCAGAUAAGAACAUUAAACUAUAAUCCAUAAACGUAAGGUAACAACUGAGACCUAAUGGUGCUGUGACAGCAACGCUGUGAUUGAGUUUGAGACAGUGAAAAUACAUAUGGUAUGUUGUAUCUGAACAGGUUAGCUUACGAGCUAAAGUUACUUAGCACAGAUGAAAGUUAAAACAAAGACGUUUAACAAACUGUUAACGUCAUAUGAGAAAUCCGACGUUAUGACUCUCUACAAGUUGUCCUUCAGAUCGUUAUCUUUGUAAUAUUUGUGUUUUUAAUCAAAAAUCACUCUGUUCUCCGACACGUAAACAAUCAGCCGGUCGGCCAUGUUGGAUAAACCGGUGAAUCAGACGUCGCAACAACACGAAAUCUGAUCAUCAGUAUGCAGAAAAUUCGACUGUGAUACGAAAAAUAAAUGCUGCAAUAUCGCAGGACGGGAAACGUCGCUGAUGUGAACGCUUGUAUUGACGGGAUACGGGUUCGAAAAAAAUAUUGACGUCUGAAAUAAUCGCACGGAAAAAACGCUCCCGGUGUGGAAGGACCUUUUUAGUUUUGCUGUUCAACUCUGACGGGUGUUUUUACUUUCUUAGCAUGAAGAAAAACAAGUCUUUUCUCUAAAUGAAGUGGGGCGAAAGUUAGCGGCUUUUUUUUAGACGCUUUAAUGUUUGAAACACUCUCAGUCUUGUCUCAGCGCUCCUGCAGCAGCACCACAGGGGUUAAAGUAUGUAAGGAAGAGCCGCACAUACAGACACAAAGCUGCAGUCAUUCUAUACUGUGCAUGUUAUUUGACUCCUGGUGCGUCGUAUAGACUGCUCUGUGCAGAAAACACAGUGUCCCCUUCUGUGAAAGUCUCCCCCUCCUGUAAAUGUUUAAUGACCGUCUCCACCAAAGGUUUGGUCACAUGGUUCACGGCUCUGCAGCUGUUGGUGGCGGCUGGUGUUUUAAGGAAGAAGACAAAAUACAGUAUUUGCUGAAUGUUUGUUUGCUUCCUCCCUGCUCGUCCAAUCAGGCUUCAGCCUCUUUGUCGACGAGACAUUCUUCUCAUUGUUUCCACUGUUUGCUGACCUCUGACCUUUGCCCCGUUUGUUCUGUGUCCCUGCAGAGGCAAGUGGCCGGCGAGGUGCAGACGCAGCCGCAGGACCGCGCCGUCAACCAGAUCGCCAUGAUGCUGGCCAUCAUGGGCCUGAGCCUGUCCUACUACAGUGCCAAACAGAUGACGGAGAAGGUCCACGCGGCCCAGCCGGCGCCCUGA